AUGUCGACCAUCAACAAAUCAUCUCAAGUCGGUGAAUUUUAUCUUGCAUGUCAAAAUGGUGAUGUGGAUUUCGUAAAAAGAUAUUUGAGAAAUCUCAAAGAAAACAAAAAUGAUCCAAAUCCUUUGGAACCAAAUGUUAAUAGCACACCAUUACAUGCUGCUUGCUACUAUGGUAAUAAAGAAAUAGUUAAACUAUUGUUGGAACACAGGUGUGAUCGAUCGAAAAUAGAUGGAUAUGGCUUAACUGCUUACGAAGAGGCUACUAAUGAUGAAAUUCGACAAUUAUUCAAACGACCACAAGACAUCAAUUGUAGUCGACGUUUUCAAGAUGAAUCUAUAGAAGAUUGUUUCGAUUUUGUUCGACGACCUAAAGAAAACGUUAAGGAUUCAUCGAUGAAAAAAACAACGAUUGAUCCUGUUACGACAUUACCAUCUGAAACAGAAAAAAUACAAACGGUUCAAACUUACAUAACAAAAGCUGAAAAACAACGUGAAAUUGGUUAUGCUACUACAUCAAUAGCUAUGUGUCAAUCAAAACUCGGAAGAUUUAUUGCUGAUAAAUUCAAUGAUAAUGCACCAAUGUCAUUGAAUACCAUUGGUAUUCGACUUCAUGAUAUAAUUGAUAGAGAACUCAUAGCUAACAAAGAUCCAGAAUCACUUAAAGCAAAUGAAUUAUUAAAUAAAUUUUUAACAGAUAAUUCUAAUGAACGUAUUAAACAUCUCAUACGUUUAUACACAUUGGAAACAAAAUUUUAUUCUGCUCUAAGACAAAAUCCAAUGCCAUUGGCACUACCUUUGUAUAUAAAAUUAAAAAAAUUAAAAGAUCGAUUUUUCAAAGGACACUCAUAUCGUGGUGCAAAAAUGAGUGAUGAUGAAAUUGCAAUAUAUGAAUGGGCUGUUCAUAAUCGUGGAAGUCUUUUACAAACUAGACAUUUUUCAUCAACUUCUCAAAACCGUUCUAUUGCUGAAAAAUUUGCAAAUUCAACAAUUGACACACCAGAUGAUAUUCGAAAAAAUCGUGUUCUAUUCAUAUUUAAUUUUCCUGUACAAUGUAAUCAAGCAAUAAAUUUAAGUCGAAUAUCUGACACACAACCGUGUCUGUCAGAAUAUGAAAAUGAGGAAGAAGUUUUAGUAUUACCAUGGACAUUAUUUCAAGUUGAACAAGUUGACAAAGACUUACCAUCAUCAUCAUAUACAAUCUAUUUAACGAAUGUUUUAUUAGCAAAGAAGAGUCUUUUUUCAUCAUUAAAGUGGAUAUUAAAACAUCCUGCCGGUUGUAUGGAUCGAUUCCAUGAACAUUUUCCAGAAAGAAAACCAGAUUUUAUUUUAUCUAAUCAUUCUCGACAAUUCAAAGCUAUCAAUCUCGAAUUUUUAGGUAACAAUGAGAAUUAUUUAAAAGAGUUAGAUACAGAUUUGUAUGAAACUAUUAUUUUUAAUGCUCUCUUUUUAAAUAUUGAUCGUAUUAGUUCUGGUUAUAUUUUACAAGGAAAUGUUAUUUCUAAUAAUCGAGCUAUUUAG